GAAGCCAUGAGCUGCUUGGAGGUGAUGUUCCCCCUGUACGGACCCGCGCAGCCCUACCUUGCAGCGGCCUACAGCCCCUACAGACAGAAAGUCUUCUACCCGAAGAUGCAGAACGCUUCGGACAGCGCCGGAGGCUCCAGCUCGUCUUUCCCGGGGUCCGGGGCGGGCCCGGGCCCGGUCAAGGAGGAGGAGCGCAGCCCGGAGAAGGAGCGGGAGAGGCCACCUCCCGAGCCCCAGUACUUGGGUGCCCGCUGCGUCCUGUUCACCUAUGUGCCGGGCGACGUGGGCGCCGUGGUGGACCAGCACUUCAGCCGGGCCCUCAGCCAGCCCAGUGCCACCGCCGCCCCCUCUCCGGCCCCCUCCCCGCACCCGGCCAGGACCCCCCGGGCCGCCGGGCCUUGGAGAGACGGCUCUUUCCCCAUGAACCAGCGAAGCUUUCCGGCCUCCUUCUGGAACAGCGCCUACCAGCCGGCCGUGCCCACCGCGCUGACGGUGGGCGCCCACCCCGAGCUGCCCUUCGCCGCCGACCCCUACGGCCCCGGGCCCCUGCACGGCCACCUGCACCAGGCCGCGCCCGAAGCCUGGGCCCACGCCUCCCACCCUGCGCACCACGCUGCGCCCCACGCGCACCCCCCGUUCGCCCUGGGCGCGCAGGGCCCCGCGGCCUACCCGUCGGGCCGGCCCGCCACCGUGCACGAAGUCUACGGCCCGCACUUCGACCCGCGCUACAGCCCCCUGCUGCUCCCCGGACGGCCGCACCGCCUCCCGCCCGCGGCCGGCCCCGCGGCCCGCAGCCCCCCCUGCGAGCUAGCCAAGGGCGAGCCCCCCUCCGGGGCCUGGGCCGCCCCCGGGGCCGCCCCCUUCCCCGGGCCCGCGGGGGACAUGGGGCCCAGCCUCGGCCUAGGCCUCGACGCAGGUGUGCAGCCCCAGGACAAAAGCAAGGACCUGUACUGGUUUUAG